GUUAGAUUUUACUUCCACAAGAAGAGAAUAUUCGAGGCACGUAGCACGGAGCAAGUGGAACGACGAACUAGGGGAGUGUGGUAGAAGAACGCGAAUAGCAAGUCCAAAUCAAGCAAGAUGACUCUACUUCACUGAUCAAAAUGUUGCUGCUCGACCUGCUCCACCGCCGAGCGCAAAACUGAGGAGUCACGCCGUUUUAACAGACCCCACUCGCAGAUUCUUGUUUUGACUGCGCAACUACAUCAUACAUUAUGUCUGACAGUGACGUUCCUCUUGCUCAAAGCAAUAUGCUUUCCAGCACUGGCGCCACGACGAUAUUCAAUGGAGCACCGGGGGUUGUUCCUGCACAAGAGGAAACGAACGCCGGCGGAGGUGGCAUGACCGUCAAUGACAACCUAAACCUCCCGCCGCAAAACAAGAACAAACGCAAGGUCUACGCCUACCCGCCCUCCAGCAUCGGUACCGAGACCGACCUUGAACAGGAUCAGCACGCGCAGCUGCACCAGUUGAAACGGGCGUUGUCUCUGCCGGACUUGGUCCUCUUUGGACUGGGAUGCACGAUCGGAAGCGGGAUUUUUCUCCUGUCCGGCCCCGCGGUGCUGGCCGCGGGCCCGGCGGUGCUGAUCAGCUUCACGCUCACCGCCUUUGCCGUGUUGAUGAGCGCCUUCUGCUACGUGGAGGCGUCGGCGUAUACUGGCCAGGAGCUCGGGGUGGCCUACGGCUUCGUGCUGCGGCAAUUUGGGGAGCAGACCGCGUUCAUGCUCGCGUCCGCGUUGAUCUUGGAAAUGAUGGUAGGGUUCUCGGUGUCCGCAAAGGGCUUUGCCAACUACUUCCGCUCCGUGGUGUUGCCGAUCGUGGAAGACGGAAACGGAAAAGACACCGCCGGUGCGGCGCUACUACGGGUUCACGACAUCGAUCUGGUAUAAUAGAGGUACUUAGAUGAACUUGAACUUGAACAUGAUAUAGAGGCCAUUGCGCUACACGAAUACAAAUAGAUACGAAUCUCUUUCGCCUUCUUUUUUCAUCGGUCUUCUCGUUUUCGCAGAGCCAAAAUCUGUUGUAGCUGCAAUAAAGCUGCUUGGUCAUUUGAAUAAAAGACAAACACAAUAAUCUAUCACCACACCAGGGCAUUUCCCUGACGUCUGGCUCCUCGAAGAACAAAGCUUCCAACACCGUGGGACACGGGCCGGAGAAACCGGAGGCCCUGGUUUCCUUCGACUUCGUUGCCAUUGUGUUCUGGGCCAUCGUAUGCAUUGCAAAUAUGUCUGGGUCUGGAAGAUUGGCAUGCACAUUUUGCAUGAGUCCUCAUGUCUGUGAUGCAUGCCAUACCAUCACAGAUUUUAUGAGGGCUUUCUGAUUCUUAUACCGCAUGAGAAACGCCCUCUCGCAAUGGCAAAAACAGGAUAUCUUUUACUGUUCAUGCAAUACAGAUUUUCGUAGAAUCCAGAUGCAGCAUCACAAGUUCGCAUCCUUCCAGACCCAGACAUAUAAUUUGCAUUGCAUACAUCGUCACUGCCACGGUGACCUUCGGCAUUGACAUGUCCAAAAUUGUGAACCACACGGGCAUGUUUGCCAAGGGCGGCGCGUUGUGUCUUUUCAUCGCGUUCUCCAUCUACGUCGGCUUCGGGUCGCUGCCCGAGAAGGUCGGCGUAUGGAGCGAGGAGCCCGGCAAGUACUUUGCGCCGACGGGGUUGAUAUCCUGUGCAAAAGUAUCGUACUCGUAGUAAUCGCAGUCAUGCAUUACAAAUUUCCCUCCUAACCUAAAUCCGCAUUACAAAUUCCAUUUUUCAUGCUACGGGAAUUUGUCAUGCGAUUUAUACUACGAUGCUUUUGCAUUUCAUAGUUGGGCGGCAUUUUGGAGGGCGCGGGGAUCAUCGUCUUCGCUUUCAUCGGGUUCGAGUCCUUGGCCCAAUUAGCCGAGGAGACGAAGGGGGACCCAAAGCGCACGCUCCCGGCCGCGAUGGUGCUCACGGUGGCCGGGAGUUUCGCCGUCUACUUCUCCGUCGCGCUCGGAAUUCUGAGUCUCACCGACGCCAAGGCCUUCGCGGAUCUGGACUCCGUUUCCUCCUCCGGCGGGGGAGGCGAGGCUUUGCUGUUUCUGCAGGAGAAAGCGAGCUCAGUGGUGCAUCAGAGAACUGGCGUUCUUGCACAGGAGCUGCAAUUAGAUGGCACUACUUCAGCCGGAGAUUCUACUUCCUUACCUUUUUUUUCUACCUCCGCGGGCUCGAAUUCUCCCUCGACCUCUCUACUGCUUCGCAGAGACGGGGUGGCGACAGCAAGCACUUUCCUUGCGUCGUUCCUUUCCGCCAUGACUUAUUCCGACGCAACAACAACAUCAACAUCAUUCCGACGCGAUGUAACGAAACUCGAGGACCCCACGCCACUGGCGGCGUUGACCAGGAACAAGGCGCCGGUGGUGUCGGACCUGAUUUCCAUCGGCGCGUGCCUGGGGAUUUUUCCCCUGGCGGUCAACUACCUGCUGUCCAGCAGUCGGAUGCUGCUGCGCAUCGCCCGGGAGGGCUAUUUGCCGGCCUGGUGCGCCGAGGUGAACGCCAAAACGCACACGCCCGUCGGCACGACGCUGCUGCAGGCCGGGUUUUCCGCGGUGCUCACCCUGUUUCCCUACCGGUUUCUGGCCGAGGUGAACUCCGUCGGGACCUUGAUCGCGUUCACGCUCGUCUGUCUGGCGGUGCUAGCUUCCAGAAAGCCGCCUUCAUCUUUGCAUUUGAAGAUGGCAGGAAGAAAUCACGAGGACGGGGAGUACAACAAGUAUCCAGUGGCUGGAAAGGGAGAGGACGAGCCACUCGUACAACAACCAGAGGGAGGUGCUAAAACGCAGCAGCAUGAUGCACGACCGCUGACCAAGAUCACUUCUGAGGCCGUCGCAGCAGGAGCAGCAACCCGAGAAGGUAGCACGACAAGGACACGAGUGACCGGGACCACGGAAGAUCGUGUUGGAGCUGCUUUGGAAUCCGACCCACUAGCACACACGAACGAAAACCAACAAGCGGCGGAUGAUGUUGAAACCGAUGUUGAAACGCACACCCACUACUUCUACGGUAUUUUUGGUUUCGCAGUGUUGAGCUUGCUCGUGUCGGUCAGCAUCGAGGCUGAACUUCCGGUGUGGCAACCGGCGAUGCUGAUCGUGUUUCUGCUCGGGAUCGGGACCCACGUCGCGAUGUCGAGCGUUAUCAAAUACACAAAUGUCUGGGUCUGGAACAAAGUAGCAACUUGUCAUGCUAAAUCUGAAUCAUGUAAAAAUCUGUGUUGCAUGAUUACCAAAAGCUGCCCACUUUUGACCUAAUCGAGAGGCAGUUUCCCAUGCAGGAUAGGCAUGCUAGAACUCUCACAGAAUCUGCCAUGCUAGGCGCUGCUUGCCAGGCCUCAUGGGUCAUCGAAAACCUGCAUCACAAAUGUUGCAUUCUUCCCGACCCAGACAUUUUUGCAAUCCAUAAGCGUCUGGGAACUGGAAAACGAUAACAUCAAGCACGUGGUCCCCGGGAUGCCGCUCAUCGCGCUGUUUGGCAUGUUCUUCAACCUAUUGAUGCUGGCACAGCUGUAUCAAAUGCAAAAAUGUCUGGGUCUGGAAGAGUGCAAGUUUGUCAUGCUUGUUUCGCGUGACUCUUAAAUCUGUCAUGCACAUCCCAAGAGACCGAUUUUUCUGUCAUUCAGAAACGCAGUUUGUCAUGCAGAAUAGGCAACACCUUGAAGCUCAGAACCUUGCCACGCUGAGCCAGCACUUGUGGCCUCCUCAUGAUACGCCACCCAGCAUCACAAGUUUCCAGACCCAGACAUUUUUGCAGUUGAUAAGCUGCGCCGGGGCUUCGGCGUGUCCUUCGCGUGGCUCACCCUCGCGUUUUAUCAAAUGUAAAAAUGUCUGGGUCUGGAAGAUUCUAAACUUGUGAUGCUGUCUCUGGAUUCGAAAAAAAUUUGUCUUGCGUGACCAGUAAGAGGAGUAGACUUUGUACUCCGCGGAGAUGGCAUUUGUCAUGCGGAAUAGGCAUGAGGAAGCGCUCUAAAAAUCUGUGAUGCUAGGCCAUGAAUUACAGGCAUUAUGGAUCAUGCAAAGUAUGCAUGAUCCAUCAUGCCUGUAAUUUUUAGAGUAUGCAUGAUCCAUUGGUCUCGCGAAAGUUCCAGUUCCCCCGAGUGUGAAUCGGGUAUAUCAAGGUGCAAAGUAUGCAUGACAAAUCUUGCAAUCUCCCAGACCCAGACAUUUUUGCAUUUGAUACGUUUCUCUGGUACUACUUUCACGGGAAGGUGCUGCCGCCGGUAGAAGGUUGACGAGGGGGCGAGGAACGCCAUAGAUACAGCAGCUUCAAAGUGGUCUACUGGAAGGACGAAGCAGGCAGCGAGGAGCAGGGACUUGUGCUAGUAAAGUGGUGGAGCAGAAGCCGCGAGGAGGAGGAGGAGGCAUUCACACUGGAAAAUAGCGGCCCACGUGAGAGCGGCCAGCACCCCAUCCUCAGCAGACGCGCGGGCACACCUGCUGGACAGCAUGAUCUGGGGGUGUUGUACCACACAACCACACAGCGACGCAGCUGCGCAUGAAUCUGCAGGAUUGUUCGGCGCAGCGUCCUUGAGUGACCGCGCGGCAGGCCAGAUGAUGGUGGACCAAUAGCGCGCACGAGCGUUUCCCUCUCCCCUUUCUACACGAGCGGCGUUGUACCUGGAGGGUCAGCUGCAUCGCGACAAAGUGUCUGCGUAGGCCUGGUGCACGACCUCCUCCGGCCGAGGGCGUGGAGAUAAUAGCCAGCUGCGAAUUUGUGGGUUGGGUGGAUUUUUGCGGAGGGCACGUCGAAAUGUCGACGCGCGGGGACCCUUAGAAGUCGUGGUAAAAUAAUGAUUGGAGCCGCGCUGGGAGGUUUGCGUUUGCGAAAGACACACGGACGCACUCUGAUCGAUUCUGAUGACGAAGCGGCUGCUGGGUAGGAUAAGUAAGCAAAGAAUAGGAGUUCAGCACAAACUUCGUGCGGUACUGCAGACCUGUGAAAAUGCUCUGGGGCCAGCAGGACAUGAACAAUCGAGAAGCCUGCUGGAGUUUUCGCCUAGCAUAUGGAUAAGCACUUCUACGGUUUUUUCUUCGUGGCCACUUUGGCGGAACUUACUGGUUUCUCACUUAUCAAGCACUAGUAAUUUUUGAUCGGGAUUGCCCGAGCCCGACUCUGCCAAUUAUCUUUGUUUCAUGUCCGCGAAUUGAAUUCACAUUCAGCGCGCGGAGCGUGUGUCCAGUGCUACGUGAGAGAUUUGGCCACAAGACUCAAUGCGUGGUGGUAUGUUUCGGAGUGAUGCAAAUUAAGUAAUAUGAGCCGGACAUAUCUCACACUUUCAAAGCUCAAGCUGAAGAAGCAAAAACAAAACGAAGUUGAUUCUCAGUGAUAUUUAUCCAUCGGGAGGGUUGAUAUGUAAAUGCAAUUCAUCAUGACUGUGUCG